AUGCGGCGUGCCAAGCCGGGGUGCCAUCUAGAGCGCCAGCUGGUGACGCAGACGUGCGAGUUUGUGAAGCUUUCAGGCUGCUGUGGCUGCAGGGUAUUAGACCCUGAAAUGAAAGUCGCUGCUCAAGAGUGCAACUCUGUUAUUGGAUUUUCUGCUCUUACUGAGUCGGGUCUUAAACGCGUUACCUCUGAAGUGACGCAUGCCAGUCCCCCUCUCUACGAACGCCAAGGUUUGUCGGGGCACAGGCCUUUCGAGGCGAAGCUUAUCUGGGUCCUGAAGUCUAGGGAUCCGCUGGAUGUCCCAGCUCUGUGCUGCAGUGUCACCCCUGAGAGCUUGGGAGCUGUUUCUUGUCUCCAGGCAAACACAGAGCCGCCAAAAUUGAGCCGAGAGGAGCAGCGGGGGCGUGGGGCCCUGCUGCAGGACAUUUGUAAAGGGACCAAGCUAAAGAAAGUCACACAAAUCAAUGACCGGAGUGCACCAAUCCUGGAGAAGCCCAAGAGUAGUGGAGGCAGCAGCUAUGGUUCUGGCUCAGCUGUGAUCCAGCCAAAAGGAGGCCUCUUCCAAGGUGGUGUCCCCAAGCUCAGACCUGUAGGAGCAAAGGACAGCUCAGACAGCUCCAGUAAGCAAACCCUGCAAGUCCCCGGCUCCAGAGCAGCUGCCCCCAGGCCCCCGGUGCCCACCAGCAACAGCCGACCUCAAGAUGAUUCUGACAACAACCGGGACUCCAUCGCCACCGUCAGAGCUUUCCUGGAUGACUUUGAAUCCAAAUAUUCCUUUCACCCUGUCGAAGACUUUCCAGCCCCAGAAGAGUAUAAAUACUUCCAGAGGAUCUACCCCAGCAAAACAAACAGAGCUACCCGUGGGGCCCCCCCUCUGCCUCCCAUCCCCAGGUGAAAGUGAGCUGUGCAGGGAGGUUGUUCCUGAGCAAAGAUACGGACCUACUUCCCCUUCCUCAGAUGGAUCCUCCCCACCUCCCUGCCCUCUAGGAACCUGCAUGAGAAACUCCCAGCGUCUUUGGUUUUCCCAGCUGUGCAAGGAAGAGCAGAUAACUCCAGCUCAGCUGUCUCUGCCAGCCCACCUUCAUCUAUGCAUCUCACCCUGGACUUGGUGACCUUGCUGGCAAGCCCGGAUGGGCCCUUUCCUCCGCGCUCUCGUCGCAGAUCCUGGAUUGUGUCGGGACGGCGCUUCCAGCUGUGGUCUGGGCAUCCAGGCAUGAGAACUUGGGGCAGACGCCGAACCGCGCCGAGACCAGUUGAUGGUGUUGGGACCAGAACCGGCUCAGUGCCCCUUUUUCCUCUGGGCUAAGGCAGGCUGAGGGUGUUGUGUGGGCUUGGAAAGGAGCUGGGGUAGGUCACAUUUGCAGAGGGGUACAGGAAAAGGGGCGUCUCUGAGGGCGCUCCAUCUGGGACACUCAUGGGCAGAAAUGCUGCGUAUUAAUCCAUUAAGCUAACAGCGAAACGAGGAGGAGCAAGCAGAAUGUUUUGUUACCCAAACACAGCAAAUUGCUUUUUUGCACAGGAGCCAGUGAAGGAGCACGUGACGAUCAGGACCAUCCAGUCAGAGCCUGAUGGUGCUGGGCUGCGCAGCCUGAGCCGCAGGGA